AUGGAAAAGGUUGAGUUGAGGAUGGCUCAUUUCGCAGGAUUCCGGUUAUUAUUCCGGUACAAGUUUACUUUCAAGACUGAGGAACUUGGAUUUCCUAACUGGUUUUGGAGAGAGCAACUUCCUCUUAAGAGAGCAGUAAAAGAAGAUGAUGAACACUUCACUCCCUACGGAAGAUUCCAAACAAAUCUGAAUGUUCUCCUCUUUCGAACACUAUAUAAUGAGGGCGUGUUGGGCUUCAAUAGCACGACUAUUGGAGAAAACCCGGACAAAGUCUAUGGCCUUUUUCUUUGCAGAGGCGAUGUUGCUUCUGAUCUUUGCCCGAGUUGCAUCGACGUUGCAAGCCACCAAAUUAUAGAGAAGUGCCCAGGUCGGAAACGAGCUACUAUAUGGUUUGACGAAUGCUUUGUACGAUACUCAGAUACCCCUUUCUUCUCCAUCUUGGAUUCACCGUCGUUUUAUAUGUGGAAUACCCAGAAUGUAUCCGAGACAGAUGGAUUCAAUCAGCAAUUGGAAAAUAUGCUUAAUCAACUUACUACUCGAGCUGCUUUUGAUCCUGCAGCCCGCAUGUUUGCAACCGGAGAAGUUAAUUUUACCGAGUUUCGGAGCAUAUAUGGCCUUGCGCAGUGCACUUCCGAUUUAUCAAGAAACGACUGUAAUACGUGUCUUCUAACUGCUAUCAGUUAUAUUCCAAUAUGCUGCGAUGGGAAGCAAGGGGGAAGGGUUAUCGGACAGAAUUGUUAUGUAAGGUAUGAGAUAUACCCGUUUUACAGGAUGCCCAAUGCUUCUGCUAAAGCACCGGCUCCUGUUUCUAUCCCUCCUCCAACCAAUACAACCCUCAUCAACGGUAAGUGUUUCGAGUUGAUGAUGCUGAACCAUCUCAUGAACAAACUUCUUUUUGAUUCAGGCAAGAAGGAAAUCAGUCAAGAAGUUUCAUUACUUGACUUCGGGGUAGGAGCUGGCACAAAAUUCUCUGAAGGAUAUACAGAGACAAGGAAUCAAAUGGAAUCUCAAGAUUUUCCUUUGAUCUCUUUACAUAGCGUACAGACAGCUACAAACAACUUCAUUGAGUCAAAUAAGCUUGGAGAAGGAGGGUUUGGCCCCGUUUACAGGGGAGUCCUACCAGAUGGAAAAGAAAUAGCAGUUAAGAGGCUCUCAAGAAAUUCCGGACAAGGAUUAGUGGAAUUCAAGAACGAAGUUGUUUUAAUUGCCAAGCUACAACAUAGGAAUCUGGUGAGGCUGUUGGGCUGUUGCAUAGAGAAGAAUGAAAAGCUUCUUGUCUACGAAUACAUGCCGAAUACCAGCCUUGACGUCUUCCUCUUCGAUCCUACAAAACGCGUUCAGUUGGACUGGAAGCUGAGAUUUAGUAUUAUCAGUGGAAUUGCUCGGGGGCUUCUGUACUUGCACGAAGACUCUCGACUUAGAAUUAUUCACAGGGACCUGAAAGCAAGUAAUGUUUUGCUUGACAAUGAUAUGAACCCAAAAAUAUCUGACUUUGGAAUGGCAAGAAUAUUCGGUGGAAAUCAAAGUCAAGCUAAUACCAACAGAGUCGUGGGUACAUACGGCUACAUGGCCCCAGAGUAUGCUAUGGAAGGACUGUUCUCUGUGAAGUCUGAUGUUUUCAGCUUUGGAGUUAUUCUGCUUGAGAUUGUAAGUGGGAAAAGAAAUAGCGGCUUCCAUCUCUCAGAGCAUGCUCAGAGCCUCCUCACAUAUGCAUGGAGACUCUGGAGUGAGAGUAAAGGCUUGGAAUUCAUGGAUCCAUUACUGGUUGGCGCAUGUGCACCAAAUGAAGUAAUAAAAUGUAUUCACGUAGGAUUAUUGUGUGUUCAAGAGGAUGCAGCAGACAGACCCGCAAUGUCAUCUGUGGUUCUUAUGUUGAGAAGCGACUCCACAACUCUUCCCAGGCCUACACAACCUGCAUUUUCUGUGGGCCGAAAUACUGUUGGUGCAUCAAAGCAAUCUUCAGAAACUGCUCAAUUCUGUUCAGUUAAUGAGGUAACUGUUUCUAAUGUCUCACCUAGGUAAGCAAGCAGAUGGGAUCCCGAUCAGGACUUCUCCAUGAUCAGCUCUGCUGGAUUUGAACCUGAUCGCUUUAAAACUAAAAUGUUAGUAGUUUAAUGUAAUUCGAUCUGGCAAAGAUUUUGCAUCAAAAAUAAAAUGGCCUUGGUUUUGUAUUAUUGAUAGACAAGCAUUUCGCCUCAAUCCCAUUG